UCGAAUAGAAAUUAUAUCUUCCCUUUUCCCGGUCUUGAUCCUUCUCGAAACCACCGUUUCAAAAUUUCAGUUUUCUUGCUUUUUGGUUUUCUUGUAAUUUUAACUGAAAAAAUACGCCUCUCGGACGCUCUGGAAUUCCCCUGCCUCCUUGGCUUUUUUAUUACUUUUUCAAUUUCUUCUUUUCUUUAAUCCAUUCUCGUCUCUCUCGUGCCCAGGCUACUCUCUGUUUCUCUUCUCCUUUCACCGGCUUAAGCUGUCUCUCCAUCAUCAUCAUCAUCUUCAGUCUCACAAAAUAAGUUAACCGAGGAACAAGAAGGGCACAAUUACAGAGGUUUCAAAACCAAGGAGGCAUAAAUAAAGAAACCAAGGAAUGGCUGAACAGGCAUAUACUGUGGCAUCUGACAGUGAAACAAGUGCUGAAGACAAAGCAACAUCGUUUUUCCCCGAAAUUGCUAUUGGAGUCGAUAUUGGAACUUCACAAUGUAGCGUUGCAAUAUGGAAUGGAUCCCAGGUGGAACUCCUUAAAAACACUAGAAACCAGAAAAUGAUGCGUUCUUCUGUCACCUUCAAAGAUGAGAUCCCUUCAGGAGGAAUAAGUGGCCAACUUACUCGCAAUGAGCAUGAAAUAUUCUCAGGCUCUGCAAUCUUCAACAUGAAACGCUUGAUUGGUAGAGUGGAUACUGAUCCAGUAGUUCAUGCUAGCAAAACCCUCCCCUUUCUGGUACAAACUCUAGACAUUGGUGUUCGUCCAUUUAUUGCAGCUUUAGUGAACAAUGUUUGGAGAUCCACCACCCCUGAAGAAGUCCUUGCAGUAUUUCUGGUAGAAUUAAGAACCAUGGCAGAAAUUCAGCUAAAGCGACCAAUACGUAAUGUUGUGCUUACAGUUCCUGUGUCAUUCAGUCGAUUUCAGUUAACUCGAAUUGAGCGAGCUUGUGCCAUGGCUGGUCUACAUGUCCUUAGGCUGAUGCCUGAACCAACAGCUGUGGCGCUAUUAUAUGCGCAACAGCAACAACAGACUUUACAUGAGAACAUGGGGAGUGGGAGUGAAAAGAUUGCACUUAUUUUCAAUAUGGGUGCAGGGUACUGUGAUGUCACUGUAACUGCUACGGCUGGAGGAGUUUCACAGAUCAAAGCCUUGUCAGGCAGUGCUGUUGGAGGGGAGGAUAUACUGCAGAAUGUGAUGCAUUAUGUCAUGCCAAAUUUUGACAGUUUGUUUUCAAACCGUGGCAUUGGUGAAAUCAAAUCAUUGGGUUUGUUUCGAAUUGCAACCCAAGAAGCAAUCCACAAACUAAGCUCCGAAACUACUGUCCCCAUUGAAGUUGAUUUGGGAAAUGGGUCAAAAAUUUGUAGGGCAUUAGACCGUGCUGAACUUGAGGAGGUAAACAGAAAGGUGUUUGAGAAAUGUGAGAACCUUAUAUUACAAUGCCUGCAUGAUGCGAAAAUAGAUGUGGAAGAUAUUAAUGAUGUGAUACUAGUUGGUGGAUGUUCAAACAUUCCCAUGAUAAGGAAGUUGGUUCUGAGCAUAUGUAAAAGGGCGGAUACUUACAUGGAGAUGAAUCCAUUGGAAGCUGCAGUCUGUGGUGCUGCACUGGAGGGAGCUGUGGCUUCUGGUAUCAGUGACCCGCUAGGAAGUUUAGACCUGUUAACGAUACAAUCUACCCCACUGAGUCUUGGGGUCAAGGCUGAUGGCAAUAGUUUUAUACCCAUUAUACACCGGAAUACUACAGUACCAGCAAGGAAGGAGCUACUUUUUAAAACCGCACACGAUAAUCAAAUGGAGGCUUUAAUUGCUGUGUAUGAAGGGGAAGGGGAAAAAAUAGAACAGAACCAUCUAUUAGGCUACUUCAAGGUUACAGGGAUUCCUCCAGGACCCAAAGGGUCUGUUGAAAUUAAUGUCUGCAUGGACAUUGAUGCUUCUAACGUGCUGAGAGUUUUGGCCGGUGUUAUUUUGCCUAGAUCUCAACAACCUUUGACCCCUUAUAUUGAAGUGAGGAUGCCAACAGUUGAUGACGGACAUGGAUGGUGUGGAGAAGCUCUGCUGAAGAUAUACGGCUCUGCCCUAGACAUCUGUAGCAUACAGAAGAGGAUGCAACCCUAAGAUGCUUGCUUGAGUCUUACAUGGUCGCAGUUUCCUAUGAACAAAUCUUACAAAUCCACCAUAGAGAAGAUCAAGACACCCAAGAUGAUUGCAUGAGUUCUAUUGUAGUAUUGUUUGUAUUGAGUCUUUCACAAGAGCUGUCUUUUCAUAGAACAGGUCAUCCUGUAAAUGUAGUGUAAUAAAGAAUGUUUAUAAAUAUAAAUGAGCUUUGGAUAAGUGGGCUUUUUAGAUCAG